AUGGAACAACUCAAACGGCUAAAGGGAGUGAGGGGCCGUCUCAAAUCCAGCCUCACCAAACUGCUACACACAGCAGAAAACUCUUCCGCAUCAAUCGGCGUUGACGCCGUGGAGGUACUGCUAGUCAGGCUUGACAAGGUUUGGAAUGAUUUCGAACUUGCCGGAGAUGAUCUGAGCGUGCUUGACGACGUCGAGGGCUGGGUUGUUCCUGCGGAUGACUACGACGAGUAUGAGGCGAAGUACAUAAAAGCCCGUGCGCUUUUGUUUUCCCUCAAGCGCUCACAGGAGCCGACAACACCAACAACAACGAGACAUGCAGAAGGAGAUUCAAUAGCUAACAACAACGCUAUUUCUCGCUUAGUGCAGCAACAACAAGAGUUUUUCGAACGCCUAGGAGCAACUUCAACACCAACCCAGGCUGACGCCGCGGCGCCAGUAAGGGAGACAGAAUUACCGAAAAUACACAUAAAACCGUUUGGUGGCAUUUACAAGGAGUGGCCAGCCUUCAAAGCACUGUACAUAAGCACUGUACAAAGCAAGCAACAUCUGGGUAAGAUACAAAAGUACCACUAUCUAAAAUCGUUCCUCGUGGACGAGGCUGCAAGUUUGGUACGCCAUUUGCCGAUUUCUGAGACGGCAUAUGACAACGCUUGGGAGCGCCUCAACGAGAGAUACGAUCGACCACGGCAAAUUAUUCACAACCUGUUGGACGCCUUUAUGGAGCUACCAUCGACUAACAAUGGAGAGGUAUCCAUAUUGCGUAGCAUAUCAGAUGGUGCAAAUGAGGUCAUCCGUGCAUUGGACUCAAUUGGCCAUAUGGACCGAGACUGCUGGGUUAUCCAUUUAUUGCUGAAUAAAAUCGAUCCAGAGUCACGCCGCAAAUGGGUAGAUGCAAGGCGUGCUUCAAAUUCACCAAAAGUCGAAGAGUUCUUCAAGUUCUUGGACGCACGAUGUGAAGAAUUUGAGCUGUGUCAAAGCGAUCCUGUACCGAGACAGGGUGGUAACAACAAGAAGACAAGCAGAGCCAUGGUAACUGCUGCGCUGACAAAAUGCCUGAAUUUUAAUGCGGAUGGGCAUCAACUGUCUAAGUGUCCUCAAUUCAUUGGUUUGUCUAUCGACCAACGCCGUUCUUUUGUAAAGCACAAAUCUCUCUGCUUUAACUGUCUUAAACCAGGUCACAGGUCAUCAAACUGUAGCUCAAAGUACAACUGUCAGCAGUGUGGCAGCAGACACCACACACUCAUACACACGCAUGCUAUGCAGACCAACGAGGGUCAAAUCACAUCCACGUCUUCAAGCGAUCACAAGGAUCCAGACACGACAUCGGUGACUGCGAGUCACAUGUCACAGGCACUACUCACGCCAACCCUAUUGUCACAUGGGCAAGUAGGAAGAACAUGUACUUUGCCAACUGCAUUGGUACACAUCCGCAACUCUCAAGGCACAUACACAAACUGCCGGGUGCUACUCGACACGGGCUCGGAGUUAUCAUAUGUAUCGGAACGCUGUAUUAAGGCACUGGGUCUUAGUCGGGUUCCUGGCCGGAUUCUCAUUUCCGGCAUUUCUUCAAUCAAGGCCGAUACCACGAGGGGAUUCAGCACAUUCACGAUCAAGUCUCGAGUUUCUGAUCACUCGCUACAAGUAAAAGCUCAUAUUCUAGGAAAAAUCACAUCUACGCUGGCAAGGGAAAACAUCGAUGCAUCUGCGCUUGAGAUCUUCAAUGGGAUUCCGCUUGCAGACACUGAAUUCAACUCGGCAUCGCCUAUAGACGUCCUACUAGGCACCGAUUCUGUAUGGGCUAUUUUAACCGGCAACAGGAAGCUGGAUGUGCAAGGCAACAUAAUAGCUAAUUCAACAAUCUUUGGAUGGGUUAUCACAUCGAUUGCGCAUCAAAAUCCAUCAAUCACCACGUCAUUUUUGUCUACAGUCGAUAUCCAUGCUACUCUACAAAGGUUUUGGGAAAUCGAGGACUCCCAAAUCACCGCUCACCAUGAUCCUGAAAAUGUUAAGGUUAAAGAGCAUUUUAAAACCACGCACUCACGCGACUCCAAGGGAAGAUACACCGUAGAGCUUCCAUUUAAGGAUGCAGAUCCACAAUUCACUGACACUCUGCAGGUAGCAACCCAACGCUUUGCUUCUGUGGAGCGCCGUCUACAUAGAGACACAGAUCUGCACUCACGGUAUGUACAAUUCAUGCAAGAGUAUAUUUCUCUAGGCCACAUGCGCCAAUUAUACCCUGACGAAAUUCUCACCAACGAUGGAAGGGUAUUCUACAUGCCACUACACCCGGUACUUGGAAAGAAACUACGAGUAGUUUUUGACGGUUCAUUCCAAGAUUCUUCUGGUCAAUCUUUAAACGACUCCCUGAACGUUGGGCCGAGCAUUCAACGAAACCUGUUCGAUGUAUGCGUACGCUUUCAACAAGCAUCACCGCAACUAUCAACGUAUCGUUUGGAGAGAACAUCCUUCAGCUCCACUUCUACAUUACCAACUCUGCACUACUGGGACAGCCCGCUACCGUUCAGCCUGGAAGAUUGGUAUCUCAAAUGCAAGCACGAUAUCAACACGCUCAAUGAACUUGAGGUUCCACGCUACAUUGGCAACUCUACUGACACAAUUGAAUUGCACGCCUUCUCGGACGCAUCUAUUAAAGCCUACGCCGCUGCCGUUUACAGUAAAGUCACUCUCCCUGAUGGUAACAUACAGGUUACUCUUAUUGCUGCAAAGACCCGUGUUGCACCGCUCAAAACACAAUCACUUCCACGCCUGGAAUUGUGCGGCGCUCUGCUACUAAGUCGACUCAUCAACUCAGUCAAAGCUGCACUGAAAAACUACAACGUCACUGUUUACGCCUGGUGCGACUCUACCAUUGUUUUGGCUUGGCUCUCGCACAUACCUGCCAAACUAAAGACUUUCGUCGCAAACCGCACUGCCGAAAUCCUCAGCAUCAUUCCACGAGAUCACUGGCAAUAUGUCAAAUCAGAUGACAACCCUGCUGACUGCGCUUCAAGGGGCAUGCUAGCUGCUGACUUAGUAAACCACAACCUAUGGUGGAAGGGCCCACACUGGCUAUACUCAACCGAAGCUGAAUGGGUAAAAACACCUAGCACUCCUCAUUCUAGUUUCAUUUCAGAUGAACAUGUCCAGGCUGAAGUAAAAGGUUCCGCUUUCACGACAAUGAGAACAUACAACACUGAAACCUCACUAUUGGGCCAACUGAUCGACCGUGUCUCCUCGUGGCCAAAGCUACUUCGUAUUCUCGCCUAUGUUCUCAAGUUCAUCCGACGCUCUCGCAGAAAAUCCAACACCGCUACGCUGACACUUCAGGAGAUCCAUGACGCACGGAUCCUGUACCUGCGCCAUGCCCAAGACGAAUUCCAAGCUGACUACAAGCGACUCCUCAACCAGCAAGAUUUGGGAAACAAAUCAAAAUUGCGCACCCUCUCACCGCAAAUCGACAAACAUGGACUCCUGCGAGUGGGUGGCCGUUUAGGUAACUCAGAACUGCCAGCGGAUGUGCAGCAUCCAAUAAUUAUGCCCAAAUCUCAUCGCAUAACGAAGCUCAUUCUGGAACAUGAGCACCGGAUUCACUUACAUCCUGGAGUAUCGGCGUUAUUCGUGAUCGCACGCCAACGCUACUGGCUGUUUGGCGCACGCAACCUCAUUCGAAAGAUCACGCAUGACUGUCUAAAAUGCUUUAGACAACGGCAAUACACAUCUUACCAAUUCAUGUCAGAUCUGCCGUCUGUCCGGGUUCGGCAGGCAUUUCCGUUUGCAAACACUGGCUGCGACUACGCCGGGCCAAUCACCCUCAAGGUCCACAAGGGACGAAAUCCACGCAAGGAAAAGGGUUACAUCUGCCUAUUUGUCAACUAUCUGUCGCCAGCACACUUCCUUAUUGGUCGUCCCUACACGACAGUACCAGAAGGCGAUCUAUCAAAUGUACCAAUCAACCGUUUGGAUUAUUGGCAACAGACUCAAGCUAUGCUGCAAGGCUUCUGGAAACAAUGGCACAUGGAACAUCUUACAUCACUCCAGCAUCGGCCAAAGUGGAUGAACAAAUCGGUCAACAUGGCCAAAGAUGACAUCGUGCUCCUUAAGGAUUCUCACACCCCGCCAGCAGCAUGGCCUCUCGGAAGAGUCAUCGAAACGUAUCCAGGUGGAUGGAAUGGUCCGCGCUGUACGACUUAG